AUGCCAGAUUUGUCUGAAAAUUUAGCAAAAUAUUCUAAUUUAACCACUCUUAUUCGGGUUCUAGCUAGAGUUUUAAGGUUCGUCAAAAACUGUAGAUCAAAUAUAAAAUCAAACAGAUUACGAGGUCCACUUCAAGUUUCUGAAUUAGAAAACGCCCACAGCGUCGCUAUAAAGUUAGCCCAGAAAGAUUCCUUUCCUAUAGAAUUAGAACAGCUAGGAAAAGGUAAAUCUUUAAAUUCUAAAGCCGCGCUCGCUUCUCUUAAUCCAUUUUUAGACGAAAAUGGAAUUUUAAGAGUCGGCGGACGCAUCGAGUCAUCUUCUUAUCAGUAUGACAAACGUCAUCCUAUUUUAUUACAUGCAAAUCAUUUUUUAACAAAAUUAAUUUUCAAACAGGAGCACCUACGCUUGUUGCACGCCGGUCCUCAGCAUCUCCUGGCAUCUAUUAGAGAACGUUAUUGGCCUGUAGGAGGCAGGAAUCUAGCCAGACGUGCAGCACGCGAAUGUGUAACCUGUCGUCGAUUCAAUGCUCGCACUAUGGAUAAUAUUAUGGGAAACUUACCUGCAGAUCGCGUUGAAACUGAUUUCCCCUUCUCCACUAUAGGUACCGACUUUGCCGGCCCAUUUCUUAUAACAGACCGCAAAGGGCGCGGCUGUAAAAUAACUAAAAGUUACCUAUGUAUCUUCAUUUGCUUUCGCUACAAAUGCGUUCAUUUAGAGUUAGUCAGCGACUUAUCAAUGGAGGCAUUUUUACUUACAUUAAAAAGAUUUAUAGCUCGUAGGGGUAAACCAAAGGUCAUCUACUGCGACAAUGGUAGAAAUUUCGUUGCAGCAGCCAAGGAAAUAAAUUCUUUCCUCGAGUCUAAUAGCGACUCCAUUAAAGACUCUACAUCUCGCGAAGGCAUUGAAUUCCGCUUCUCACCAGCAUACGCUCCUCACUUUGGUGGUCUCUGGGAAGCCGGAGUCAAGUCAGCGAAAUUCCACUUAUACAGAGUCCUAAAAAAUAUUCACUUGACUUUCGAGGAAUUGAGUUCGCUGUUUGCUCAGAUCGAGGCGAUACUUAACAGCCGUCCUUUAUGUCCUUUAAGUCCCUCUCCACAAGACCUAUCUCCGCUCACCCCGGGCCACUUUAUAAUUGGUAGGCCACUAACGUCUUUGCCAUCACCGUACCUACUGGACUAUAGCACAAAUCGUCUAGACCGUUUUCAGCGAUUGGAGCAAGCUCGUCAGCACUUUUGGAAGCGAUGGUCAACAGAGUACGUCACGGAGCUCCAGCAACGCACAAAGUGGAAGGUGCGGUGUCGAGAACUAAAGGUAGACGACCUAGUCCUCAUCAAGGAUGAUGGGACUCCUCCCCUAUGUUGGCGCCUUGGAAGAGUCUCAAAGUUAUUUCUCGGUACUGACGGUGUGCCUCGCGUCGCUGAUGUAUCCACUUCACAAGGCACCGUACGACGAGCUAUCAACAGAUUGUGUUUGCUGCCUUCACCAGAUGACUGCACGGCAUAGAAUCUUGAAAGCUUCCUCUAGAGCUUUCAAGGCCCCCGAGGAUGUCUGCGACACAUUCAUUCAUCGAUGACACAUUCAUUCAUCCACAAUAAUUAAUAUAUAUAAUCUGUGGCAUACAUUCACACGUUCACUCAUUUUCAUUCAUUCAUUCUAUCUAGCCAAC